AAAAAAAAAAAAAAAAAAAAAAAAAAAAGAAAUAGCAACUUACGUUCCUAACCGUUUCGUUUCUUUACCUUGAGUGCUUGAGAAAAAAUGGAAGAAGAUGAAGAAAACAAGCUACAUUCAGCGUCAUGGCGCGAGAAAAAGAGAAGAAAAGAGCUCAGCCUUUCUUGCAUGUUGAACACCGAACUCAGCGCUCUUCUUGCCGUGAUACGCCGCCCAAUUGACCCCACCGCCUCAAAAAUUCAGGAAGACAACUUCGACACCAGCGUUCUUCAUUCUCUUAAAUCUUUGCGAGCUCUAAUUUUCAAUCCUCAACAAGAAUGGCGGACAAUAGAUCCUUCAGUUUACAUUUCUCCAUUUCUCGAUGUCAUACAAAGCGACGACAUUCCUGCGGUGGCCACAAAUGUCGCUCUCUCAGCAAUUUCAAAAAUUCUCAAACUCCAAAUCUUCGACGAGAAGACUCCUGGAGCCAAAGAUGCUAUAAAUUUUAUAGUUACGGGGAUUACAAGUUGCCGGUUGGAGAGAACAGAUGCCACCAAUGAAGAUGCAGUGAUGAUGAGAAUUUUACAGGCUUUGACAUGUAUAAUCAAGCACAGGGCUUCAGUUUUGCUUACAGAUCAUGCUGUUUGUACAAUUGUGAAUACUUGUUUUCAAGUCGUCCAAAAAUCGGCCAACAGGGCCGAUUUGCUUCAACGCGGUGCGAGAUAUUCAAUGAGAGAAAUGAUAGAGAUAAUAUUUGCAAGGUUACAAGAUGUUGAGGUCAAACUUGAGGAAGACUCGGAGUCUGAUACUGAAGAUAUUGACAUCGACAGUGAUAUGGAUUCUGGAUAUGGAGUUCGCUGUGUGGUUGAUAUUUUUCAUUUUUUGUGCUCUUUGCUUAAUGUGGUGGAAAUUGUAGAGACAGAAGGCGUACAAACACAUGCAUGCGAUGAAAAUGUUCAGAUUUUCGGAUUGAUUUUGAUAAAUUCUGCUGUAGAGUUGAGUGGAGAUGCAAUUGGUAAGCAUCCAAAGCUUUUGAGGAUGAUACAAGAUGAUCUCUUUCACCAUUUAAUUCAUUAUGGAGUCUCUUCGAGCCCGCUUGUGCUUUCCAUGAUUUGUAGUACUGUUUUGAAUAUCUAUCAUGCUCUUCGCAGGUUCAUUCGUGUUCAACUAGAAGCUUUUUUCCGGUUUGUGUUGCUGAGAGCUGCAUCUCAUGGGGCUUCUCAACUCCAAGAAGUUGCACUGGAAGGAAUUAUAAAUUUUUGUAGGCAACCGGCUUUCAUAGCUGAAAUGUAUGUGAACUAUGAUUCUGAUCCCAUCUGUCAAAACAUAUUCGAGGAAAUUGGGAAGUUGCUUUGCAAGCUUUCUUUUCCAGGGUAUAGCCCAUUGAGCUGUGUACAAAUUCAAGCCUUUGAAGGACUGCUAAUAAUAGCUCACACCAUUGCAGAUAAUGUUGACAAAGAAGACGAUUCAACUCCUUAUGGUCCAUAUCCAGUUGAAAUUACCGAGUACAAGCCCUUCUGGGAAGAAAAAUCCAGAGAUGAUUAUGAGGCUUGGGUGGAACACUUAAGAUUAAGGAAAGCACAGAAAAGGAAAAUAUCAAUUGCAGGAGACCAUUUUAAUAGAGAUGAAAAGAAAGGUUUGGAGUAUCUAAAACUUUGUCAAUUGGUUUCUGAUCCAGCAGAUCCUAAAGCCAUUGCCAUGUUCUUUCGCUAUACGCCAGGACUUGACAAAGCCACCAUUGGUGAUUAUUUAGGUGAUCCUGAUGACUUUCAUUUACAGGUUCUUAAAGAGUUCACACAAACUUUCAGAUUUUCAGGCAUGGUUCUUGAUACUGCACUCCGUACUUAUCUUGCGACCUUCAGACUGCCUGGAGAGUCGCAAAAGAUUGAGCGGAUUCUUGAGGCUUUCUCUGACAGGUUUUAUGAUCAACAAUCCUCAGACAUUUUUGCUACGAAGGAUGCAGUCUACAUUUUUUGCUACUCCCUAAUUAUGCUUAACACUGAUCAACACAAUCCCCAAGUCAAGAAAAAGAUGACAGAGGAGGAGUUCAUCAGGAACAAUAGAGCAAUCAACGCAGGACAAGAUCUUCCUAGAGAGUAUCUCUCUGAGCUGUUCAAUUCAAUUGCAGCCAAUGCAAUUGCACUUUUUGGUAAAAGUGGUCCGGUGGAAAUGAACCCAGGUAACUGGAUUGAGCUAAUAAAUCGAUCCAGAGUUACACAGCCGUAUAUCCUAUGUAAUUUUGAUAGGCGGAUAGGAAGAGAUAUGUUUGCUGCCAUUGCUGGUCCAACGGUUGCAGCAAUUUCUUCCUUCUUUGAGCAUGCUGACGAAGAUGAAAUGUUGCACGAAUGCAUUGGAGGAUUGAUCUCAGUAUCUAGAAUAGCUCAAUAUGGUCUUGAAGAUAUCCUCGACGAGCUCCUUGCUUCUUUCUCCAAAUUCACUACAUUGUUGAACCCUUAUGCCUCUGCAGAAGAAACAUUAUUUGCUUUUAGCAAUGAUUUGAAGCCAAGGAUGGCUACUCUUGCAGUUUUCAGUAUUGCCAACAACUUUGGAGACUCCAUUCGAGGGGGCUGGAAGAACAUUAUAGACUGCUUGUUGAAACUCAAAAGGCUUAAGCUUCUUCCUCAGUCUGUGGUUGAAUUUGAUGACACUCCUGCCUCAUCAUCAGGUGGGCAUGGACACAGGAGAAAUGAAUCAAAUUUAUCAAGCUCCCAUGAUCCUAGAUUUGGUACUCGCAGGGGUGCUGGCAUGACUAGUCGUUUCUCACAUUUCCUAACACUAGAAAGCAUGGAAGAUUCAAUAUCUCUUGGGAUGAGUGAAUUUGAGCAAAAUUUGAAGAUUAUUAAACAAUGCCGAAUAGGCAGCAUCUUCAACAGCAGUUAUAACUUACCUGAUGAUUCUUUACAUAAUCUUGGGCGGUCUCUGAUAUUUGCAGCCGGUGGAAAAGGCCAAAAAUUCAGUUCUCCAAUAGAAGAAGAGGAAACAGUUGGAUUCUGUUGGGAUUUGAUAGUUUCCAUUUCUAUAGUCAACAUCAAUAGAUUCCAAAACUUUUGGCCUUCCUUCCAUGAUAAUCUACUAGGAGUUGUUCAGUUUCCGCUAUUUUCCCCUAUUCCUUUCGCUGAAAAGGGCAUUCUAGGCCUUCUCAAGAUUUGUGUCAGGCUUCUUUCUGUACUCAGACCUGAAAAACUUCCAGAGGAGGUUCUUUUCAAAUCCAUAACUUUAAUGUGGAAGCUUGAUAAAGAAAUUCUCGACACAUGCUGCAACUUCAUAACAAAGUCAAUGGGCAAGAUUCUCACUGAAUACCCUGCAAAUUUGCAGACACCUCUUGGCUGGAAAUCAUGCCUUCAUUUGUUGUCUGUUAGUGGUCGACACCCCGAAACAUAUGAUCAGGCCGUUGAUGCUUUGAUCACAUUCUUGUCUGAUGGAACUUACGUCUCGCGGACAAAUUAUGCCUGUUGUAUUGACUGUGCGUUUGGUUUUGUUGCACUCAAGAACAGUUCAUCAGAAAAAAGCUUAAAGAUCUUAGACCUUUUAUCAGAUUCAGUGAAUUCACUGAUCCAAUGGUACAAGGAGUACUUAGAUUCAGGGUCUAAUUUUAGCAAUGCCAGCAGUACGAGUAAUUCGUCAAUGGACGAAAGUGCAAAAAAUUUUGCUUCUCCAAACUUUGCUGUGACUUUAUUUGUUAAACUAGGGGAAGCAUUUAGAAAAACCAGCAAGGCGAGACGAGAAGAGAUAAGAAAUCAUGCAAUUUUCUGUCUUCAGAGAAGCUUUGAAUUGGCUCAAGAACUUGAUUUCUCACCUCUUAACUGCAUUAGCUGUUUUAACCUAGUGAUAUUUGCUACGGUUGAUGACUUGCACGAAAAGAUACUUGAAUAUUCGAGGCGUGAAAAUGCAGAAAAAGAAUUGAGAAGUAUGGAAGGUACUUUAAAGCUAGCAAUGGAGCUGCUGACAGAUGUGUACUUGCUAUUCCUAAAGCCAAUAUCAAUUAGUCCGGGAUUUAGAACAUUCUGGUUAGGAGUAUUAAGGAGAAUGGAUACAUGUAUGAAGGCUGACCUGGGUGAGUACGGAGAAACAAAGUUACAAGAAGUAGUGCCUGACCUUUUGAGAAAAAUUAUUACAAAAAUGAAGGAAGAUGAGAUUUUAGUACAGAAGGAAGAUGAUGAUUUAUGGGAUAUAACCUACAUCCAGAUACAAUGGAUAGCUCCUUCCCUCAAGGAGGACUUAUUUCCUGAGUUAGAGUUUUAGAAUUAGAACAACUUCGUGAAACAGUUACUGGUUAUACUUAUGUUGUAUGAGUGAUAGCAAUAAUGUCGGGACUAAAUUUUGAUUUUUUUUUUUUAUUUUUGUUGCGUAAAAGUAAUAUAUAUUUGGCAUUUCAAUUCGAAAUUUCUAGAUGAAAACUUUUUUGAAAUUUAUGUAAUUUAUUGCUGUCUUUGCACGACGGUUACCUCCUGUGAUGGACAUUGUCGUUUGUUGAACGAAUCUAUCAAUACCAAUGUCGUUGCCUUCUGUCA